AAAAGACAGGUAACUUCAAUCUCAAGGUGAGUGGUGCUCUUUUAAUUUUGGUGAUGCAGAGGUUAAUUUCUCAAGACCAUUGGCUUAAUGGUAGUUGUUUCUAGUGAAAGGGACAUCGCUAAGUACUUUUACUACUCUGGAUAGAUGGACAACCAUCUUUGAUCGCAAGGGGAAGAUUGACGUCAUAUACCUUGACUUCUCGAAAGCUUUUAAUAGGGUCAAACAUAUAUGUUUUAUCAAUAAGCUCAGAUGAUUAGGUAUCAAGCCACCUCUUAUUGAUUGGCUCACUUCAUAUCUGAGGGUCGACAUUUCAAGGGCAGGGUUAACUUCGCUUUCUCUCAGACUAUUGAAUGUCCUAAUAGGGCCCAUAGGGUUCAGUAUUAGGACCUCUUUUCUUGAUUCGUAAAAAUGAACUCUCACAGCAGAUAUCAUCAGGUUCACCACUUUCCUCUGAUGGUGUGAGACUUUGAAGAGAAGUAUGCAACCAUGAGAAUAAACUGGCACUUCAGGAGGAUCUGACUCGACUUUGAAGUUGGGCAGAUGACAACAGACUUACAUUUAAAACUUCAAAGUAUGAAGUAGUCCGUCUGAAAUAUGUAACACUACAACUGCAACCUAGGUAUCUCCCCUUUAGCGGUAUUCCAAGUUGAAAAAGACCUAGGAGUGUUGGUACCCUACGACUUGAAGUCUUACGCUAACUGCGACAAAAAUGCCUUUCAAACAAACCUUGAACUGGUAAUGUUGAGGCGCAUUUUCGACCAGUUUGAUGGAAGGGCCUUCCACAUGAACCUUGUUGGUUUUAUUCGUUCCUAUUUAGAUCACGGAAACAGUAUUUCCUCCUUCACUCCAGAAAGAUAAGGACACUCUUGAACGUAUCCAACGGUGAGCCACGAAAUCAGUUCGGGGAAUCAAAUUCAAACCUUAUGAAGAGCUCCUACAAUCGCUUAACCUUUACUCUUUAGAGUGCAAGCGUCUUAGAGGUGAACUAAUGACCUACAGCAUACUUAACACUUCUGGACAUCCACUUAAAUACCUACUUAGGCUUAGUUCUGACACAAACCUUAGAGGUAACACCCAGAAACUGAAGACAACACAGCAGAACGGACUAUACACGCAAUUAUCUUUAAGAGUAGUCAAAUGUUGGGAUUCGCUGCCGGCUGAGCUAGUCCAAGCGAUUUCCCAGGAGUCUUUCAAGAGAAAAGUUGACAUAUUCUUGAGGACUAAGGGCAGCAUCACUAUGAUUUACCAACAUUUUUUCUUUUGCCUCUUAUCGUUAAUAUACAUAGGUUCCUACCUGGAGGCAUCAGUGAUCCGCUUCUACUAGAUACAGAAGCCCGUUAAGCGAAAGCUGACAGGUAAAAAUUGGGAUUAUAACUAAGGUUAGGGUUGAGUUAACGUCAAAAUAUUUCAAAACUGCUAGUAAGCGCCAGUUCAUUUAAACUAUAGCAUUUGGGAACAUAUAGUCGAGAUAGACAAUUUCAUUGAUCACGCAAAAACAACGUACUCACGGAUUUUAUUCCAUUCUGUACUGUAAUUCACUUGUGUCUACUGUUUUCCAUUCAAUCGAAAUUUCUUUGGACUCUCUCAUGCUCAGGAACUUGAUUAAAAUCCUCCAACAAACAUCUGUCGAGUAAGUUUGAGCUGGUCUAAACAUACAUUGGUCUCACUGCCGUCAAUUUUUAUGCCCAUACUCUAUUUUUAAUGACUCGAGUCUUCGUUUUUCACGAAUUUUAGGUUUUAUUUGAGUAUAAAAGCAGGUUAGGAUAGUUACUGGUGUUUGAUAGUAUUUUAUGUAAUGAAUCUCUAGUUUGUACUUCCAGAAGCGGUGAUGUGAAUGCGAUUGAACUGUUGUUCAUCUCUUUCCUUACUUCGUUUGCAUAAAUGCGUAAAGCUUGUGUUCUUCAUUGACUAAGAUUUACAGUAUAUGUCUUUAUUUUGCAGGACGAUCUGUUAUCUUUAAAUAUGUAUCAAUCUGGCUUACUUAUUUUGUCACCUCAUGUACACUCUCAAAAGUUAUUCUCUUUGUUAAAAUAUGUUAAAAAUGUGGUGAAUAAAAAGCUGUUUUUAGCAAUUCCACAAAGUCCUUCUGACUUUAUAUUUUGGAAAAAGACGGCUACGUUGUGUUAUACAACCGCAUGUAAGGUUUGCCCAUCACUAAACGUCUGUCUUCUUCUUCCUACAACCAAGUAUACUAAGCCUUCAGUAAAGUUUGAUAUUGUAAUUUCACCAGAAUCUGAAUUUAGUCCUGUUUGGAUUUUAAAUGAAGCCCACAAUAUCGACCCAUUUUACGGUGAUCGUGUUAUAUAUGCUACCAUAGAUAAUUUCGAGUCAGACCUACCAAUUACUGAUCAGAUAACUGUUUCAUCAUCAGACGGAUCACAUGAGGAUAUUUCCCGUGUAUGUCUCGGUGGUACUUUUGAUCGGUUACAUUAUGGACAUAAAAUUCUACUUACCGUUGGUGCUCUGUUGGCUAAAGAACAUUUGCUUGUUGGUGUAACAUGCUCUGAUUUACUUUCAAAUAAAUGUCUUAGCCCAUUGAUAUUCUCUUGGGAGAAACGCAGUCAAAUGGUCCAAACCUUUCUCAGUGAUAUAGGCGUACAGCCUGAAGUUAUGAAAAUUGUUAAAUUAUCUGAUAAAUUUGGUCCACCUGGAUAUUCUGCAGAAUUUGACUGUAUUGUAGCCAGCUCUGAUUCUUUAGAUAAUUGUGAAAAACUGAAUGAAUUACGACGUGCGAAUGGAUUCAAGCCGUUAAAAAUUGAAGUAAUCAAUUUUAUAUAUUCAGCUAAGAUCUCCAACGAAUGUAAAGCCUACCCUUUUGACUUGUCGGAUAUCAAGUUAUGUUCUUCAAAACUUCGUUUCAAUGAACUAGGCAGUCUGUUAAAACCUGUUAAUAAUAUAACUGUAAAUAAUUCUUCACGUAGUCCAUAUUUGAUUGGUUUAACAGGACCAUCUGGUUCUGGUAAAUCAUCAUUGGCCAGACGACUUGAACAUUUAAGUGAUCAAGUUCAUGUAAUCGAUUGUGAUCGUCUCGGUCAUGAAGCAUAUAUUCCUGGUACUCCUUGUCACCAAGCUCUUUUGUCUCAUUUUGGACGAGAAAAGAUAGCAUCUCCAGUGCCACCCUAUCCAAUAGACAGAGGUUUACUUGGAAGGCUAGUUUUUUCUGAUCCUGCUCAACUGAAAAAUCUGAAUUCGAUAGUUUGGCCUGAAAUAUUAAAGAAAUUUCUAACAGUUGUAAAAGAAAUAGAAUGUAAAGCAUUAGAAGAUCGGGAUCCUAAACGUCCGGUUAUUAUUAUAGAUGCCGCGGUGCUUUUACAGGCUAAGUGGAAUGAAAUAUGCCACGAGGUAUGGUUAGCAGUUUUAUCCCAAGCAGAAGCUCAGCGCCGGCUGUGUGAGAGAAACAAUUUAAGUCCGGAAGCAGCGUUAGAACGUCUUGUACGACAAGCUUCUGCUGUUGCUGAGGUGACUGGUGGGUACACCUGGUUUGAAGCAGGUCAGUAUUGUUCUCAGAAAAGUCCUAUCGACUAUGCUCAUGUAAUUCUAAGUACAGAAUGGGAUCCAGAAUGUUCGCAGUACCAAGUUGAAAAGUCCUGGGAAGCGCUACAACAAAGGUUAGAGUUAAUUACAAGAACUCAAUGAGUGCUUGUUAUCAACAAUUUGCGAUUUCUUAUCUGCUAAUUUGACGCUAUAUAUUCAAUUGGUUGAAUUGUUUAUAAUGAAUUUCACUUAUGGAACAAACAUGGUAUUAUAGUCAGUUGGACUUUUUCUAUCAGUCGAUAUUUCUAUGACCGUGCAUAAUAAACCAUUAUUAUUUUCGA